CUUGUUUGCACCCGGAGCUCAAGUACAAGCCUCCAGUCGAUUUACCGCACUUGCGUAAAAAUUAGCCAGACUGUCAAUCUGGACAUUGACAAUUGGACACUCACAUUUAAAUGCUAGCAUUGGAUUAUCUGGAUUUGUUUGGAUCUGGUGAGCUUCACUGAGAGGGAAAUGACUGAAUCCGCUAACAUGGAGUACAAGGAGAUCGAUGAGAAGCAUGUAGAGAAGAAGGGGAGGUUGACCACUGUCUUGGCCUUGGCCACGCUCAUCUCUGCUUUCGGCUCAUCUUUCCAGUAUGGGUACAACGUCGCAGUCGUCAACUCUCCCUCGCCGUUCAUUCAGAGCUUCUACAACCAGACGUACGUGGAUCGGUACGGCAAACCCAUGGACAGUAACCUCCUCACACUCUUGUGGUCCCUGUCCGUGUCCAUGUACCCCCUCGGCGGUUUCUUCGGGUCACUGAUGGUGGCCCCGCUGGUGAACAAAAUAGGACGGAGGGGCACUCUUCUCUUCAACAACAUCUUCUCCAUUGUCCCCGCUUUGAUGAUGGGGGCGAGUGAGUUGGCCAAAUCGUAUGAGAUGAUCAUCGUCGCCCGGGUCCUCGUGGGCAUCUGCGCAGGACUGUCCUCCAACGUGGUGCCCAUGUACCUCGGUGAGCUCUCCCCCAAAAACAUGCGGGGUGCCAUCGGCAUUGUUCCACAGCUCUUCAUCACCAUAGGCAUCCUCACCGCCCAGGUGUUUGGCAUAAGGGGCAUUCUGGGUAACAGCUCAGGUUGGCCGUUCAUGCUGGCUCUGACAGGCGUGCCCGCCAUCAUCGAGCUGUUCCUCCUGCCCUUCUUCCCCGAGAGCCCCAGGUACAUGCUCAUCCAGAGAGGGGACGAGAAGACGGCUCGGAGAGACCUGCAGCGCCUCCGCGGCUGGGAGGAGGUGGAGGAGGAGCUGCAGGAGAUGCGUCUGGAGGAGCAGUCGGAGCGGGCGGAGGGCCGUCUCUCCGUGCUCAACCUCUUCUCCUUCCCCUCCCUGCGCUGGCAGCUGGUGUCCAUCAUCGUCAUGAACAUGGGCCAGCAGCUGUCCGGCGUCAAUGCGAUCUACUACUACGCAGACAGCAUCUACGCGUCCGCUGGUGUCCGGACGAAUGACAUCCAGUACGUCACCGUUGGAACGGGGGCAGUGAACGUCUUCAUGACCAUAGCUGCGGUGUUCAUUGUGGAGGCCUCUGGACGCAGACUGCUGCUCCUCAGCGGGUUUGGGAUCUGCUGUGGGGCCUGUGUGCUGCUCACCAUCGCCCUCACCUUCCAGGGAAGUGUGGAGUGGAUGCCCUACCUCAGCAUCACCUGUGUGAUCAUUUAUGUCAGCGGACAUGCCAUCGGUCCCAGCCCGAUUCCUUAUGUGGUUACCACGGAGAUGUUCCGCCAGUCAUCGCGGCCAGCGGCCUUCAUGGUGGCUGGGUCGGUGCACUGGCUGUCCAACUUCACAGUGGGCCUGGUCUUCCCCUUCCUCGAGAACGGGCUGGGCUCCUACAGCUUCAUCCUCUUCGCCUUCAUCUGCCUGGCCACUCUGGUGUACAUCUGGUGGAUGAUCCCGGAGACCAAAAAUAAGACCUUCCUGGAGAUCAGCCAGAUGUUUGCGGAGCGGAACGGGACGAAGAUCCUGGUGGGCACGGAAGACCUGGACAUUAAAGAGGCAAAGCCUGGCAGCAGCGGGCAGGAGGAGGAGAAGGUCACUGCCUUCUGAGGGAGGUAUCCAUAUGAGGAGGACCAUAGGAGAACUACACAAGGAGAACCAUAGAAGAAGACCAGCUGGUGCUUCUUUGGCAUGUGUAUAUGUUCACUUGGGGCACAGCAGAGAAAUGAUGACCUAGUAGGUUCCUCCUUUGUAUUGUCAUGGAGUGUAGGCAUCUCAUAUUAUGCAUUUAUCUUUUUCAUGUGACUUGGGGUUUG